AUGGACGAGCGGGACAGAAGUCGGUCUCCGUCUCGCAGGACCAGCAGAGUGGAGCAGGUGGUGGGGCGCUGGCUACGACGGUCCAGAGACUCCACCAGCCGGGAACGUGUGUUAGACGACGGUAAGUCAGGGGACAGUGUGUCUCAGGAUCAGAGGAGUUGCCCAAUCAGGGUGACGGUACAGAUCCCACGUGAUCCCGCCCUAAACUCUCACGGCUUUUCUGUGACCUCACAAACCCCGGCACAAGUACAAGAGGUAACCUCAGGGGGUCCUGCUGAUGGAAAGCUUGUUGCUGGUGACCAACUCCUCAAAAUCAACAAUGUUGCUGUUGACGACCUGUCCACAGAACAGGCUGCUGACAUCAUCAGGGAGUGUCAGGACACCAUCACAAUUACUGUCCUCAGAAAUACUGUGGGACCCAAAUCCUCCUUCAUAACUCCGGAGAAGAGGGCCAAACUCAAGUCCAACCCCGUCAAAGUCCGAUUUGCGGAGGAGGUGGUUGUCAAUGGUCACUCUCAGGGCAACUCUUUGCUGUUCCUGCCCAAUGUUUUGAAGGUCUACAUGGAGAACGGCCAGACCAAGGCCUUUAAGUUUGAGCCCAAGACCACUGUUAAGGACAUAGUGUUAACUCUGAAGGAGAAGCUCUCUAUAUCUCGCAUUGAGCACUUCUCUCUGGUGCUGGAACAACAGUACAGUAUCACCAAACAACUACUGCUACAUGAAGAGGAACUGAUACCGGAGGUGGUUCAGAGGAAGGAAAAUCUGGGCUAUAGGUGUUUAUUCCGCGUCUGCUUCAUGCCCAGAGACCCAGAGGACCUGCUACAGGAGGAUCCUGUGGCCUUUGAGUAUCUUUACCUACAGAGUGUGAAUGAUGUGUUACAGGAGCGUUUCGCCGUGGAGAUGAAAUGUAAUACUGCCCUCAGACUGUCUGCUCUACACAUACAGGAGAGACUGGCCAGCUGUGGCCAGUCACCCAAAACUCCUCUAAAGACCAUUGCGAAGGACUGGGGCAUUGAGAGUUUUGUGUCUGCCACUCUACUGAAGAACAUGAGAGAGAAAGAUCUGAGAAAAGCCAUCAGUUACCACAUGAAAAAGAGUGUGACACUGGAGCCCAAGCAGAAGCUGCUGACUGUAAACCAGGCCAGGCUCAAUUAUCUCAAUGAAAUGAAAGCCUUGAAAUCCUAUGGAGGGAAGACCUUCAGUGCUACAAUGAUGUUGCAGGACAGAGAAUCUACAGUGAGUUUACUGGUGGGUGCUCAGUAUGGCGUUAGUCAGGUGAUUAACCAUAAAUUGAGCAUCAUGACCACUCUAACAGAGUUCAGCAGCAUCACCAGGGUGGAGCUGAUACCAGAGUCAGAGCGUGUCAGUCUGGUCAAGAUCUACUUACAGGAUAUAAAGCCAAUCACACUGCUGUUGGAGUCUUUCGCUGCUAAAGACUUGUCCUGCCUGGUGGCUGGUUACUGCAAACUGUUUGUCAACCCACAAGUCUGUGUAUUCCCUUGGAUGGGUCACUCAAAGGCCCAUCGGAUUUCAGCAGAGGAAGGCUAUGUAUCGAGAUGUGCCAGUGACUCUGAAGACUCGGACACAGAUAUGGACGCUCUCCUUGCCCACGUAACCAAUGCUGCACACAGUAAUCACAAGGCAAUCCAAGAGACCUCAGGAGCAAAAGAUAAAAAACAGAUUGAAACAGGAAAAAAAGGAGAGGAAGAUGUCAGGAAUGAAAGAGAGAAUGGCCAAGAGACUGAGGAGAAGAAGGGCGCAGCAGAAAUAGAAAGGGGGGUUGGACAAGAAGCACAGCAAGAACCUGCAAAUGAUGGAACGGCAGUGAAACCAGAUGAAGUUGGAAAUGCCGUAGAAGAGGAAGGCAAGAAUGAUCACGGAGAAAAAGAUGAGCUACGACGUUGUGUCGUCCCGAUAGAGGACACAGAUUCAGAUUCGUGUCGGACAGAUUCUCGCUUCCUGGCCAGUUUGUCCAGCGAUUCCAUGGAUGCACUUGAAGAAGAUGAUCUUUUGGCCUUUUGCUCGGCUAGCCAUCCUUGUGGCCUGGCCGAAGGGGAUUCCUAUCAGCACAAUGAUGCUGUUCAUCUGUCACCGUCGCCACAGCAACAGCAUUGUGAAGAUGUUGGUUUCCAUAGCGACGCCCAUUUAAGCGGUGUUCAUGAUGAAAGCGACCCAUUCUUGACUUCAGCGGCACUUGCUCGCAUGGCAAUAUCUUUGCCGAGCCCUCCCGCAGCUAGCGAUGAAGAAGAGGAUGAAGAAAGCGGAGGGAAAAGGGAUGGGCCAGUGGCUGAGACUGGAGAAGACAGUUCCGGAAACACGCUUCAUCCUCGGGAAUUCAGAAUGUUUACAUUUGAAAAUGACGCUCGGCUGUACUACAACAUCUGCUCCAAUGUUACACCUGAUAGCGCUAGGAGCAUCCCACGGACCCUCUCUCCAUGCAUCCCUCAGGAAAGAGAACAGGGAGGAGAGGAGGAAAGAGACACAGAGCCAGAACCCAUCCUACAGCCACCACCAGGGUUUGGGGACAGCAGUUCAGAUGAUGAGUUCUUCGAUGCUCAAGAAAGGCUCACAUCCCCUGAGCAAUUAUCAUCUGCUGCAAUGACCAGAGAAAAUUCCACAGAUUCAAGCAGCAUGAAGCGCACACUUAGCCUUAGCGACAUUGGGAUCUGUGUGAGUGAACAAGCCGUGGAGGAAGAAGAGAGGGGAAGAGAGAUAGAGGUAGGGAGAAAAGCGACUGAAGAGAAAGAAGGCGAACUCUCAUUGUUCAGAAAGAGAUCCAGAAAGCGUCGCUCCUUCAUGGAAACAGAUUUCACUUCGUUAGUGUCAUUUCCAGGAGAAGACACAAGUGAACAACGAAACUCAAUCCCAAACCACAGACUAGGACACAAAAUCCAUGUAGAGGGUCAAGUUCACGGCUUUGAAAACAAUUCAUCAGAUCAGAGAUCCUGUCCCACCGUCUCAUGCCUGACACAGGCUGAGAUUGAACCUGCGGACAUGGAAACCAAACCCAUAACACCAUCCAAGCGCAACUGGUCUGGACCCCAUCAUUCCUCUGGUGCGCCUAAAAAAGGUCCGCCUUCCGCCAAAGCCAGUCAGCGGAAACAGCAGCUCAUUGAAAUGGAGCCAGAUUCCAUGGAGUUCAAACCAAUCACGGAUCUAAUGUCUGCCGUCUCUCCAACAAUUUUGGCUGUGCGAUCCCGCGUUGAGCCCGAUGGCACUGAAAGCUCCAAUGAAGGCGAGAGCGUAAACCAGGAGGAAAGAGCUGUGGGUGAGCUGGUGGAAAGACUCAUGGCCAGUCACUUGUUCUUUGCCAAAUCUUUGAAGCAGGAAGAUGAUGGUUUUUCCCAAGGAAUACCUGAUGACCAAGGAAUGAACCAAGCAGAAGACCCUUCCCAGGGAAUCCAAGAUGCUCUAAAGUGCGACUCAUCCUCACAGUUGACUGAGACACCUUUUUCAAGCCUACCUUCUCUCCCAGUGCCUACCAUAUCCUACACGCACAGCCUGGAUCCAGACAGGGAAAGCAGGGCCAAUCAAGAUGAUUCUCAGCAACAGUCUGUGGAGCCAGCUGAGAGGAUCAGAAGUCAGAGUCUGUCUGCAGCUCUCGGGAGAGGUGGCACAACUUGCAGAAGAAACGUUGGCCACUCCAGAGAACCGGACUAUUUCAGUCGCACUAGCGAUUCUUCUGCCCAGGAGCUACUCUCCAGUGUUUCACCCACAGAGCCUUCCAAGGUUUUCCUGCUUGCACCUUGCUCUUCCGGGCUCCUUGGUCGUCUCUCGGCUUCCACUCUUCGUGGAAAGAUCCGGAGCCUUCCACUUUAUUUGUCACGCUCACAGGAAACGAUUGCUGCAAAUGCAAAUAGCCCUAACUCUAAACCAGUGAGGAGAUUCUCUGAGACAAGGCAGAGGAGAAACGAGGUCGAGGUUGCUCGUGAAGCGACCGAGGACAUGACUUCAGAAGCUGUGCCUGAGGUUACUGAGGUCAAAGUGGUAACUAUAGUUUCUGAGGAGGUCACAGAGGUCAUUGAGGAGGUCAGAGAGGUCUGCCAGCCUAGUCCACAGGCAAAGGUUGAGCAGAAAUCUAUGUUAGAACCUCUGGUGGAGCCCCCAAAAGCAACUGCAUUACCUUUGUUACCCAACGCAGAAGUCCCCGUAAAGGUUGUCCCUUCAUCUGUUGUGGUGACCACACAGAGCUUAAAUGGACCGUGGGCUGGGGUGGGGUCACAGGAGGUUGGUGAGUUACAAGUUGGCAGCUGCCCCCAUUUGGGCAAGACCAUAAACCCUCUCAACUCUGGUUGUGGAGUGUUCACAAACUGCAACUCAAAGCCCACUGAUACCCAGCCCCAGGCCUUGCCCCCCCUUUCACCACAUGGGAAGCCUGAUCUGAGUUGUAGUUCGGUACUGGCACUAGGUUGUGAGACAGUAAUGAAAAGUGCUGAAACACCCCUGGAAGUCUGUGACUGCCAGUCCAUGUAUACCAACUGCUUCAGUGGAGUCCUUGACAGCAGCAGUUUUGACGAUGAGCUCACGGUGUAUGAAUUCUCCUGCAGGAUGCAACCGGGUGAGACGGGGGAGCCUAUGUCCAUUCCUUCCUCCUGUCUUUCCACCUCCCCUGCAUCAUUCUCUCCGUCCUCUGCCAUUUCCUCUUUUCCUAGAGUGGUCCUGCCACCAUCCUCAUCAACAGAACUAAGCCCCCUCCUCUCACCCCUUGACGCACCAGAUUGCUUCCUGUCCGACCCCCACGAGGACACCAUUGCCACCCUGCAGAGUCGCCACUAUCCUUCGCCACCAGCUGGGUUCCUUGCUCUCCAGAGAGAUGUAGACACCUUACUCGCAGUCCUAGCAGGGGCAAUGAAAGAGCAAGAGGGACUCCAAGGGAUGCAGGAGCACCCAAGGGACACAUGUGCAGCCCACUUUUCGGAGAACAAGCAAAGAUUGCACGUGGAGGCGCGGGGGCUCCUGGCCGGCUGCCAGAAGGUGGUACGGGUACAACAGACGUCGGAGGAAACCCUUCAGGCACUGACCGAGAGCUUCCGUUCCCUGGUGCAGUUGACAGGAGCGUGCCUGUGCUUCUCCAGCUGCCCGCGAUGCCAGGAGCGGCACACGCAAGCGCUAACGGGACUUGUGGACGUGAUUCGGACUUACCGGGAGUUUGCCCGCGCGGCUGAGCGCGUGGGAUGCUCCACGGAGAGGAGGAGCUGCCACGAUCUCAGCAUUAAGCUUCUUGCACGGCAAUGCACCGCUCUUACGACCUCGGUGUUCUGCCUCACGCAGCUUUUCCGCACCCUCACUGCCCUUUGA